AUGGACAAAGGUCGUCUUAUUUCUCAUCCCUACUGUACCACACAAUGCUUGCGGGCUAUUUUACAAAGUCACAACGAGCAAAAUGAUCCUCACUGCCCCUCUGCUGCGGCACACAAUAACAGCUCAUUAUCGCUGAAUGCCUUCCAUCAAGAAUUGCGGCUUUGUCUCAAUAAUGUGGAUACACGGAAUACUUGCAUUCUUGAUCUAGCUCUCUCAGGACAUCGGGGGAGCAUGUUCAAGAUCUGUCAUCCUGUCUUGAAUUACUGCUUGAUUGCAAAGGGAUUUCAACGUGGGGAUGCCGAUAGCAUGCGCCGCGAGGAAGAUGUAUACGCACGAUUGAGCGACUUGCAAGGCGAGAGAAUCCCUUUAUACUGCGGUAGCAUCACGCUUGACUACCCUCUGGAAAGCCCGGCAAGAGCAGAGCCUAUAGAGCACCUUCUUCUACUCUCCUAUGGAGGCACGUCUAUUUUGAAACGUUUCCCAGAAGGGGAGCCCAUAUCGCUGGUUUACAAAGCACAGAUUCUUGCAGCGACACGAAAACUUCACGAGCGUCAGGUUAUCCAUGGAGACCUAGAGAUGCGCAACGUUGUGGUAGAUCCCGACAGCGACCGGGUAAUUCUCAUUGAUUUUGAGCGCAGCAGGCUCUAUGAACGGCGUCCCCCAUGUGACGAUAGUCGCCAUUGUCGCAAAACAUAUCACGACAAGAAGGGCCGGCGGCGCAAAUGCAUGUACUGCAGGGAAUUUGAUAUGGUCCAAGAUAGCAUCGAGAGGCCCGACUACAGCAUGUAA